GUCUCCGUCUUGGUCUCCGUCUUGGUCUCCGUCUUGGUCUCCGUCUCGGCCUCUCUCUCGGCCUCUCCCGUGCUCGUCGUCUUGGUCACGGUUACCGCACCACCCUCUCCCUCUCUGUCUGCCCGUCUGUCUGCCUAACCAUGGGCCGCCAAACGGACCGAAGACGCAUCUGCGCCUUCUUCUUCUUCGUGAAGACCUUCCUGGCCCUGCUCAUUGCCAUGGCCGCCAUUGCCUUCUGUGCCUACAGGAUAUACGUCCUGCACGGCAUCGAGCUCAAAAAGUGGGACAAAGGCAUCCUCGACAACCUGCCCAACGCCUCUGCCUGCUAUGCACCCAUCCCCGGCGUGGCCACUCAGACCUUUUCCACUGGCAACUUCAACAUCAGCAGCAAGAACCGCCUCGAGCCCCCCAACGGCAAGUUUAUCUUUGGCUUCCAUCUCGACUGGUCCAAGGACUUGCCCGUCAACAUCUCCACCCGUGUUGGCCACAACCCGGCCCUCAUCAACGCCUUCAUCAACAUCACCGGCACCGACUUCCAGCAGAGCAUGGUUGAGUUCCACGUUCAGCAGGUUGCUUUGAUCGGCGGCAUGCUUGAGCUGACAGUUGUCGGCAACUGCCAGCUGGGCGACCUGCUUGCCAACAACGGUGCCAUCCUCUCGACCUUCGCCACCUUCCUGCGGAACAUGAACUCCAAAUACAACGUUCCUAUCCUCGUGCGUUUCCUCCACGAGAUGAAUGGCAAUUGGUUCUACUAUGGCCAGCAUCCGACCGACUACGUCAAGACCUUCCGGACUUUUGCCAACUAUCUUCACGCCGUCACCAACAUGACUGCUCUCAUGUGGUCCCCCAACCCCGGCGGUUCCUACCCCUGGGGCGCCAACAUCACCCCUCAGAACAACCCCGACUUCAAACUCCUUGAUAGCAACGGCGAUGGCGUCAUCACCGAAUUGGAUGAUCCUUAUGGCCCUUACUGGCCUGGCUCGGACUACGUCGACUGGGUCGGUCUGUCGCUGUAUACCUACGACGUCGACACCUCGGGCCAAACAAUCGUCCAGAACUCGAGCUACCUCCUCCACCACGUCAGCGGCCUGAACUGGGGCGGACCCCGUCCCUACCUGGACUUUUAUGGACGCUUCUCCAACACCUACGGCAAGCCCUUCGGCUUUGGCGAGUCUGGCGCCUACAUCAUUCUCGAAGAGCCCGAUGUCGGUCGUGAGCUCGCUGUCAAGCAGGGCUGGUGGCGAGCCAUCUUCCAGGUCUCGACCAUUGCUGGCAUGCAGGCCACCUACCCCAACUUCAAGCUGAUCGACUACUUUGAGGAGGUCAAGAUCGAAAAUGAUUUUGCCAACCUGACCAAGAUCGUCACCAAGGACUUUACCGUUACCGAAAAGGACUCGAUCCGCAUCCCGCUGCAGAGCGAUCUGCAGCAAACCCAGGGCCUCCUUUGGGCCGACAGUCAGCAAAAGAACCUCACCUUCAAUUGCGACGGCACAAUCUCUUUUACCGGUCCCAAUGCUUAACCUCCACCUGCAUUUGGCGCCGGGGGCCCCUCUUUUGUCUCUCUUUUCUUUACCUCCCCGUUCCCAUUUCCGUUUCCGAUCCCUUUCGUGGGUUGCGCAGGGAGGCAACGGGCACGUCCCUUCUUGUACCUCCCCCACCUCCAUCCGUACAUGCUCUGACCUGUAUUGAUUUGAGCAAAUAGACAACGUAU